AUGGACCAAUCCGGCCUGUCAAUCAAACCUAACGGAUUGACCAAUCAGAGCGCGCCAUUUCCACCAAGCGACAUCCGCCAUUUUGUCGGGCAAGAACUUGGAAACCGGCGCCAUUUUACAUUGGUUUCAAUGGGGAAAGUCUGUUGUUUCGGGACUUGCAAUUCAGACUCCAGGUACCCUGAAAGGGUGUCUGGAGUCAGUUUUUACCCUUUUCCGAAGCCAAAGACCCGCAUGGAUGCAUGCAUGAGAUGGAUAAAGGCCUGUGGUCGUCCACAUUCGCAACUCAAUGUAACGAAGAUUACGAAGGACACAUACGUAUGUUCAAAGCACUUCAAAGAUGGGAGACCAACGACACGGUUUCCAGACCCGCAGCCAGCGGAUGGCACCGACGCCGCGCCAGUCAGGACGCCAAUGAAACGUCAUGUACAGCAGAAUGAGUGCAACAAAAAGCCCAGACUGACCCCACCCAUACAGGAAAGUCAGCUGCAGGGAACACCCACAGAAGGAUCUUCUUCUCCAAGUCUACGUUCCAUCCAGAGACUGAAAAAGGAAAAUAAGGACCUGAAGAGGGAAAAUGAUGACCUGAAAAGGAGAAGGAAGACCUGAACAGUACAUGUGAAGACCUGAGAAGGAAAAAUGAAGACCUGAAAAGAGAAUGUGCAGACUUGAGCAGGGAGAAUGAAGAACUGAAAAAGCAUGCGUUUAGUUUUAAUGUUGUUGCUGGGUCUCGUACAAAGAACUUACUUCAGUAUUAUACUGGUUUUACCUAUGUUACUUUUAUGUCCCUCUUCAGUUUCCUUGUUCCAAAUGAAGGUAUUAACCCUGUUGCGUACACUUCUAGGAAGACAGCAUGUAUGGCAUUGUCGUUGAAAGACCAGUUGUUUUUGGUGUUGUGUAGACUAAGGAAGGCGUUUCUUCUGCAGGACUUAGGUUUAAGGUUUAAUAUCAGUAUGCAGGUAGCAGGCAUUAUUUUCAAUUCUUGGAUUAACUACAUGUAUUUAAGACUUGGUUAUUUGAGCUUAUGGCCGGCCCGUGACGUUUUAGUAUCAAAUAUGACUACAGAGUACAAAAGAUUAUUUCCUACAUGUAUUGCUUUGAUAGACUGCACUGAGGUUA